AUGCAGUUCACCACCACCUUUCUCGCCGUCUUGGCCACCGCUGGCAGCGCUCUUGCCGCUCCAGCCCCGGCUGCUGAUGUCUCUAUGAUGGCCGCUGGCUCUACCUGGACCAUGCAGAACUUCAAGCGUGCCUGCGCCAGCGGCACCUGCAACUACAGCUUUGCCAUCAACACCAACGACGGCUCUGCCGCCACCGCUUGCGCCUACAAGGUCACCGGUAACCCAGCCAGCCGUGCCUCUUACCAGAACGUCAAGUGCGGAGCCUUCACCAUCGGCAGCAACUGGAGCGGCCAGUUCGGCGAGGGCAACGGCUUCCAGACUCUCUCGGUCGUCCGCGGCAAGCAGAUCCUCUACCCGGCCUACACCGACAAGCAGCUGGCCAGCGGCCAGGUCGUCAAGCCUGACCAGAGCUACACCCCUCAGAACCUUUCUUAG